AUGGCAGGUAACCCUGCCACCAUCAAGGAGGAGUUAGAAAUGUCCCUGGCUGAGGACUCGGUGCCGGAAAACCAGCCACAAAGCCAAGAGAACAUGGCGAUCACAGAAAUGAUAGAGCGUGGACCCUGGUCUCCAGGUGUUUCUCAAAGGAGACAGAAGUUGGAAUCAAAAGCUGCUCCUUCUGGUGCACACUGGACUACGUCUACCUCCCGUGUCAAGAAAACGGGACAUCACUCACAGCUGCCCAGGAUGCAAAGAGACCAAGGCCAUGGGGAAGCCCAUGAGAAUCCUGGCCAUGCCCCAAGCAUGAGAUACAGCUAUGAUCGAAGGGAAGGAUUGGAGGCCAAUACAGUCACUCUGCAAGAAGCUCCCUGCAUUAUCUCCUUGCUACUGGCCUUACAUUGGGCCAGCAGCAAACUGACUGUUUUUCCCGCCGGCAGCCCUGCAACAAGUUUGGUGGCAGAGAUAGGCCUGGAGGAGCUCACUGGACUGGAGAUGGAAGUCAUGAGACGACAGAUGCAGGUGAUCACUGCGCGCCUGCGUGUUCUGGAGGACCAUGAUGCCACCUGGCGCUACAAGGAGACUUUGCUCUUCACCCUGCUGGUGUCUGCCUGCAUUGUCAACCUGUGGCUGUGGAUUCGCCAGUAA